AUGUCUGCUGCCCUCAAUGCUCGGGCAGACACAUCGGCACAAUCUGCAGGCACCGUCCCGGACCUCUCGCUUUCCUCGUUCGCCUCAGGUUUCUCAACUCCAGGGCGGAAAUUCAGGGUACCCUCUGCGUCUUCUCACACAACUGCAACUUCAUCCGCACCAAUAUCUACACCUUCACCGCCUAACGUGCCCUCUCUGAGUAGGAGAAGAGGCGACGAAGCGACGCCCGCGGCCAAGCGUCUUGGUCUGUCGAGCCACGAUGAGGAUGGCGAAGAUGCAGAGGGAGAUGUGUUGGAUACUCCUGGAAGAGAGAAGAAAUGGGAGGAUCCUGCAACCACACCCGCUGCUGGGCGUAUGAAACGCACCCGGAGCGCAGGAGCCAAAGGUGGCGUAAACCUCACAUUGCGAGAUCAGGAGAAGCAUAUUGACAGCCUCAAGAAGGAGAACUUCAACAUCAAGCUCAAGGUCCACUUCCUCGAAGAGCGACUCGCACAGCUCGCCCCUGACCAGGUAGAAGCCGCGCUCAAGCAGAACAUCAACCUCAAGAUCGAAGUGCAGCAACGCGGAAUGGAGCUGAAGAAGCUACGGAAGCUCGUCCUCGAGCAGCAGCGCGAACUCGAGAAGCUGCAGCGGGGGAACGGCGGUGCCUCGUCGCGUGCGCGCGAGCUAGAGGAGAAACUUGAGGAGCGCGAGCGCGAGAUCCGGGAACUGCGCAGGAGACGAGCUGUCGGCCCGGAUGACGGCGUCCUCAGAGAAAUGGAGGCACGGAACGCAGAGCUGGAGGAGGAGCUGGAGAACGUGCGCGGACUCCUGGAGGAGAACAUGGAGGAGAUGGAGCGGCUGCGCGAGUUGGUCGAGCGGCGAGACGACGACUCCGCGGACGAGGGCAGGGACGACCGUUGGAGGCGGCGGGUCGAGGAGCUCGAGGACGAGAACGAGGACCUGCGCUCGAGGAUCGACGAACUGGAGGAACUGGUGACGCGCGGGAACGACGAGAAGGAGGAUCUCGCGGACAUGGUGGAGGCGCUCAAGCUCGAGGUCGAGGACUUGCAACGGAGACGGGAAGCGGAGUCGAUCGAGCGGAGUCAGAGCCGCGUGCAGAUCUUGGAGGAGAGGGAGGAGCGGGAGGCGGUGGAGGAGGGUAUGAACACCGUCAGGGACAGGCUAGCAGCUGCGCAGAUUGAGCUUCAGCAGAAGGAGGAUGAUCUUGAUCUGAAGGACCGAGAGAUCGAGGAGCUCGUGGCGGAGCACAAGCGCAUCGUUGAGACGCUUGAUGACGAGUGGCGAGGCGAGAUGGAUGAGUUGCGGGGACAGGUUGAAGAGAUCAAGGAUGUUGUUGAGCAAAAGGAUGCCGAGAACAGGGAUCUUCGCAUGAGUCUUGCGGAGGUCGAGAACGGCAUGGCCGAGCUCCAAGACCAGACAGAGAUCGCCGUCAGUCACCUGCAGCAAGAAUCCGAGGAGAAGGAUGCCGAGAUCGAGGCCGCCAAUCGGGAAAUCGAGAAGCUUGGUCACCAAGUCUACAUGCUGGAGGAGGAGAACGAGCGUAUCAAGGAGGCGAGUGAUAGGCUGAGGGAAGAUGAGGCUGUUGAAAGAGAACGUCUCGAGGCGCUAGCUUCUGCUCUGAAAGAGAAAGUGGCUGGUCUCAAAUCACAAAUCGAGGAGUUGCACGACCUUAUCGAUGCUCGAGAUCACGAUGUCUCUGCCUACAGAGCCCGCUCGGAAGAGCUCGCCCAGCAUGUCGAGAACCUGGUUGAAGAGGUUCAACGCGAACGCGCCACUCGGGAGCGCCUGGAAGCCGAUCUCGACAGAGCCGAGAAAGAGCAUGACGUCGCUCUUCGUGCUGAGCAGCGCGCUUUGGAGGCCAAGGAGUCCGCCCUGCAGUCGGCGCUCAAUGACCUCGCACGCACGCAGUCUCUCCUCACGCAGCGCGAGACCGACCUUGCGCAGGUGCAAUCCGCUCUAGAGACGCUGGAGGCCGAGUCGAAGAAGCUUGGCGAGACGCACACCACCGCUCGAUUCUCCCUCCAACUCGAAGUCGACCGAUUGAAGCUAUCUAGAGCUCGGCAAGAACUGGGCGAUCGUGAAGGCAAGGGCCGCGAGCGCGACGGCGUCAUUGACAAGCUUCACGCGGAGAACCGCGAACUCGCGUCGCAGCUUGCAGCGCAGACACAAGCAAGACUCAAUGUUUCCGAGAAGCUCGAGAACAGCCUCGCAAGCUUGAAGGCGGCCGAAGCAGAGGUCCUGCAAUGUAGAACCAAAGUCGCCGAGCUGGAGCAAAGGCUAGCAAAGGACCAGCGGUCGCUCCUAUCCGCCGAAGCUCAGUAUCGCGAUCAGCUCACUGAGCGCAACACGCUCCUGUUGACCAUCUACCAGUAUAUGGACAAGAUUCUCGGCGUCGACAAGACACCGAAAAAGAACGGUCAAGCGGAGACGAAGCCCUUCACGAACUUCAGCGUCUUCCACGACAACCUCAUCUCGCGCCUCAAGCAACUGAGCGAGAUUCAAGGCCUUUUCGACAAGCGUGUCAAGGACGCUGAGUCAAAAUACGCCGAGAAACUCAGCGACAUGCGCAAGCAGCUCGACUUCCGGUGGAAGCAGAUCGACAAGUUCGAGACGAGCCUGAAGACGGUCGUCGAGGCGAAGACGACGUGGCGCAAGAAGCUCAGUGCGAGAGAGGGCGAAGUGGAGGCGCUCAAGACCACCGUCAGCGAGCUUCAAGCGCAGCUGGUUAGCAUACGAAAGCCAGGCCAGGGCGACUCUAUGGAAGUUCGCUCGCUCGCCGCUCGUGCAAACAACGCAGAGCGGCGCAUCACGAACCUGCAGAAUCAGCUCGUCCUGUCCGAGGAAAAGCUGACUACGAUGAACCAGAAGACGGUCGCUGCAGACUCCAAGUGGGAGGUGCGUGUGAAGGAGUAUGAGAGCAGGUUGAGAAAGGCGGAAGAAGCCGUCAAGCGCGAGCGACAGGGCGCGAAGGAGCGCGUGUUCGAGCUGGACACGCAGUUGAAGACGCUGCAACGACAACUGGAGCUCGAGAACAAGCGCAAUCAGCGUCUGCAAGAAAUCACAGAGACGAAUGGGCUCAACACCAAGUCGCCUAGGCUAUCGUAA